AUGACCAAACGAGAACUGAAAACAGAGAGAAGGAGCAACGGAGUAGACGCGUCGCAAAAAAAACUCCCCAAAAAACAAGAGCGGCAGCCGAACAACUUGCAUCCAACACAUGAAACAACUGCCCACAAUCCAAACAGCAAUAACAGAAACACACAUACCCCAAACUCACUUAUUCACCCCCCAAGCCCGCUGAUUCUCACCCAGACACAAUCCCAACGAAAAAAGAGGUCUCGUAGCCCUGUCCAUACCCUAAUAUAUCACCGGACGCAUGCCUCCUUCCCAAUUAGGCCAUGUCCACAACAAACACACAACAACACCCCAGCAGUGACCACAACGAAGCGGGCAAUAAAAACACAGCAGAAUCAGUGUCGGGCCCCACGUCCAACCCACGCUUUCUUUUCUUGCAAAUUUCCCGUCUGCUGCAGUUGCAUCCACCGGGAAGCCGUUUUUUUUUUCGCACGUCUGUCCCCUGGUAUUCCACGCUAA